AUGCGGGAGAUCUCUCCGAGCUCCACAGGCAAUCGGCAGCUGCUAAACGCACUGUCUUCUAUCCGCGCUGCUGCCAAGGCUGGUUUGGAGAAACUCGAGGUGUAUUACACAAAAGCGCGUGGUUGCCAAUUCAAUAUGAUUGCAACUUUGCUUCAUCCGUCACUGGGCAUAUCUUGGUUCAAGACGUACGACCCGGGGAGCGUUGACGCUGCCAAGAUCCUCUUUGAGCAUGCCUUCGAAUCCUACAACAUUAGAUACAAUGAAGAGCAGGCUGCAAAAGACUCGGACAUGUCCAUGCCAUCAAUGUCAGCCAAGUUGUCUUCGCAUACGAGUGGACUACUGGAUCAGAUCUGCGAGUACAACGACGAGGAUGAGUGCAUGGAGGAAGUCGACAGUGAUCUAGAGAGCUUCUGGAAGGUGUUCCGAAAGUACGGCCGUGGAAGUCGCGAUGAUCCUCUGGCUUGGUGGAAAGCAUGUUGUUGA